AGUCAGAAUCCGACUAAGACCUGACAAAACUCGGAGACUCAGUACUCUCCACUCUCUCUGUACAACGAGUGCAAACUGUGUUUUAUCUCUAGCCUCCAUAAGGGACCACAGCAAGGAGAACAGCCAUGCUAGGAGGCACCUACACUGGGUUGGUGGCUACAGCAGCUCUCCUCUGCCUGCUACAGGCAGGAACCAACGCAAGCAUUGAAGGUGACAGCUCAUCAGUUACCAGGACAGAUGCAGGGACCUGUACUGUCCACAGCAACCCCCACUACAGCACCUUUGACGGGGCCAACUUCCGCUUUGUGGGACCCUGUACCUACGUCCUGACCCGGGUGUGUGCGCCUUCUGAGACACCCCUGUCCCACUUCAGUGUGGAGGUGAAGAAUGAGCUGAGAGGGAACUCCUCCGUGUCUGCUGUUCAGCAGGUCAAGGUGGAAGUGGAGAACCUCAGGGUCUCCCUGUACAAGAGACAAAACCACCGGGUCAUGGUCAAUGGCAUUUGGAGGAAACUCCCUCUGAGCCUCAAUGGUGGCACUGUCAACAUCCAAGGCAACGCCGCUUCAGUCGCUGUGGAGACAAACUUCAACCUUUUUGUAUCCUACGACGACGCCGGUGCUGUCCAUAUCACCGUUCCCGUAUCGUACUCCGGUAAAGUCUGUGGCAUGUGUGGGAACUUCAACUACCUGAGAGAUGAUGAUUACAACACACCUGGCAGUUCCGAGGCCGAAGACUCUGCCACAUUCGGACAGAACUGGCAGAGCGAGGCCUGUGACUUGACCGUCCUCCCCCUUGAGUGUCAACCAACUGAGGAGGCGGAGUAUGCCAGCGAGCCAUUCUGUGGGUCCCUGGUCUCCAGGCAUGGGCCUUUCUCUGGCUGCCAGUCUGUUCUGGGAGCAGAGAGCUACUUCCGGAGCUGUGUGGUGGAGAUGUGUGGAGCAGAUGGUGACCCAGAGGUGCUGUGUGAAGCCCUGCAGUCCUACUCCGAUAUGUGUCUCAAGGCCGGGGUGCUCGUACCAGCCUGGAGGACCUCGACUAUGUGUCCCCUGGAGUGUGGUGCGAACAGCCACUACAAUGCCUGUGCUAAGGGCUGCCCUGAGGUCUGCUCCAGCAUGGAUAAUCAAGGGGUGUGUGGGAGGUGUGAGGAGAGGUGUGUGUGUGACCCAGGCUUCAAGCUCAGCGGGGGGAGUUGUGUACCUGCAGAGGACUGCGGCUGCUGGAUAAAGGGAGAACACUAUGAAAGAGGAGAGACGUUCAUGGGAGGUGAGUGUAAUCAUGUGUGCCAGUGUAUGGGUGGGGACAGACUCCAGUGUGCUGCUUCCUCCUGCGCGGCCGACGAGGUGUGCAAGGUCAAGGAGGGGGUCAACGGUUGCUUCCUCUCCAGCCCGGCCACCUGCCACGUCUACGGAGACCCUCACUACAUCACCUUUGACGGCAAGGCAUACACCUUCCAGGGGGGCUGCAGCUAUACCUUGGCCAAGACUUGCGGCGGGGACACACCUGUCCAGUUCUCAGUGACGGGCCAGAACUGGAACCCCAGAAACGAGAGCAGUGCCAAGCUGGGCGCAGUGGUUCUGGAGACAAGCGGUCUGCAUGUAAAGAUGCAAAACUACAGUGCCACAGUGAACCAUGUUUGGCAGCAUCUUCCUGUUACAGUAAAUGGCACAUACGGCGAGGUGAAGCUGUACAAGAAGAAGCAGUACACUGUCAUGGAGACGACUUUUGGCCUUCGGAUGCUGCUGGACGACCAGAGCAGGCUUUUCCUGCAGCUGGACGAGCGCUACAAGGGUAAGAUGUGCGGCCUUUGUGGUACCUACUCCGAUGACCAGGGGGAUGACUUCCUGACCCCUAACGGCACCAAACCCGAGACCAACGUGGUCACGUUCGCCAACAGCUGGAGAGUGAAUAGUCCGGAAGACGAUCGAUGUGUUGCCUCCCCCUCUGCCCCCCAACCAUGUGACUCUCAUUUGGACGAACAGGGCUACCGGGAGUGUUCCAAACUGCUGCGCGAAGCCUUCAAGCCCUGCCACCCCUUCGUCCACCCCACACCCUACAUCGACAGCUGUAUGUCCGACCACUGUGCCUCCGGCGGGAACAUGCAUGUGACAUGUGACUCCCUGAGGUCCUAUGUGACCACCUGCGAAGUGGCCAAUGUGACCCUGCCUCCCUGGUGGAACAACACCGCCUGUGAUAGUCUCCCUGGCCCUCCCACAAUACCACCAGUUACUACACCUGACAAGGAACUUUGUCCUCUAGACUGCAACUUUGACAAGAGCGAGUGUGGGUGGGAGCAAAUUAUUCAGGACAGUUUUGAUUGGAGGAGACUGAGAGGCCCAACCCCAUCUGACCUCACAGGGCCAACCCAAGACCAUACCACAGGAGGUGGCUCCUACAUGUACAUUGAGGGUGACGGUGUUUACCACGGAGACUCUGCCCGUAUGAUGAGCCCUAAGUGCCAAAACGGGCCGGGCAAAUACUGCCUGCGCUUCUGGUACCACAUGUACGGACAGGCCACAGCCAUGGCUCUCAAUGUCUACCAGCUUGACCAGCACAACAGAAACAAAAAACUGUGGUCCAAAGCCAACAACCAGGGCUCCACAUGGUAUCCGGCAGAAGUGGAUAUUAUAAUCGAUGGGUCAUUCAAGAUCAUCAUGGAGGGAAUACGAGGCUCUGACCCUCGGUCUGAUGUGGCAUUUGAUGACGUCUCCAUCCACUAUGAAUCAUGCUCAGGUUCUUCGAUUGGUGGUAUUAGUGGAGCUUCAGUUCCUUCCUCAGUUGAUGGAGGAGUUGCCCCACACCCAGUCUGCAACCUUGAUUGCGCUUUCGAGCAGGACCUCUGCGGUUUUACCCAGCUUAUGACAGACGUUUUUGAUUGGACAAGGCACAGUGGCUCCACCCCCACUGCCAUGACUGGGCCAUCAGCUGACCACACAAAAGGAAGUCCAUUUGGUCACUACUUAUACAUCGAGGCCAACAGUGUGUCUAACGGAGACACGGCUCGCCUCCUCAGCUCUGAGUGUUCUGACCCCGGUCCUCAGUGUCUGCAGUUCUGGUACCACAUGUCUGGCUCGGCCGAGACCAUGGGUCUGCACGUCUACCUGCUCCAAGGCCGCUAUGUGGAUGAGGUGUGGGGGAAGAAGAACAACCAGGGAGACUCAUGGCAACGGGCUCAGGUGGAUCUGAUGACCACUGGACCUUUCCAGAUCAUCUUCGAGGGCCACAGAGGCACCACUGAUCAGUCCGAUGUAACUAUAGAUGAUGUAUCUCUGCAUCGUGGGCGAUGUGCAGACUUGAUUAAGCCACCAACACCAACAGAGAAACCUGUUCUCCCUCCAGUGGACAAGUCCACCACUGCACCAGCUCCAACUACUACAAGACCUGAACCACCCACAACAACUAGGCUACAACCACCAGCAACUGAUAGACCAGAAACACCAAGACCAACAACUGAAAGACCAGAAACACAAAGACCAACAACUGAAAGACCACAACCACCUAGACCAACAAAUGAAAGACGAAGACCACCUAGACCAACAACUGAAAGAUCACGACCACCUAGCCCAACAACUGAUAGACCAGAAACACCAAGACCAACAACUGAAAGACCAGAAACACAAAGACCAACAACUGCAAGACCAGAAACACCAAGACCAACAACUGCAAGACCAGAAACACCAAGACCAACAACUGCAAGAUCAGAAACACCAAGACCAACAACUGAAAGACAAGAAACACCAAGACCAACAACUGCUAAACCAGAAACACCAAGACCAACAACUGAAAGACCAGAAACACCAAGACCAAGAACUGCAAGACCAAAAACACCAAAACCAACAACUGCUAGACCAGAAACACCAAGACCAACAACUGAAAGACCACAACCACCUAGACCAACAACUGAAAGACGAAGACCACCUAGACCAACAACUGAAAGAUCACAAUCACCUAGACCAACAACUGAUAGACCAGAAACACCAAGACCAACAACUGAAAGACCAGAAACACCAAGACCAACAACUGAAAGACCACAACCACCUAGACCAACAAAUGAAAGACGAAGACCACCUAGACCAACAACUGAAAGAUCACAACCACUUAGACAAACAACUGAUAGACCAGAAACACUAAGACCAACAACUGAAAGACCAGAAACACCAAGACCAACAACUGCAAGACCAGAAACACGAAGACCAACAACUGCAAGACCAGAAACACCAAGACCAACAACUGCAAGAUCAGAAACACCAAGACCAAAAACUGAAAGACCAGAAACACCAAGACCAACAACUGCUAGACCAGAAACACCAAGACCAACAACUGAAAGACCAGAAACACCAAGACCAAGAACUGCAAGACCAGAAACACCAAGACCAACAACUGCUAGACCAGAAACACCAAGACCAACAACUGAAAGACCACAACCACCUAGACCAACAACUGAAAGACCACAACCACCAAUGCCAACAACUGAUAGAUCACAACCUCUAAGACCAACAACUGAAAGACCACGACAACAUAGACCAACGACUGAAAGACCACGACUACCAAGACCAACAACUGAAAGACCACAACCCCCAAGACCAACAACUGAAAGACUACGACCACUAAGACCAACAACUGAAAGACUACGACCACCAAGACCAACAACUGAAAGACCAAGACCACCUAGACCAACAACAGAAAGACCACAAACCCUACAACCAACAACUGAAAGACCACGACCACCAAGACCAACAAAUGCAAGACCACAACCGCCCACCACAGCAAGACCAACGCCAUCUUGCCUAAAGAACAGCCAUUACAUCUCCUGUAUCUCCGCCUGCCAGCCCACCUGUAAGCACCUCCACGGCCCUCCUGACUGCCGUGCUGAUGAGCCCUGUGUACAGGGUUGUGUAUGUGACGACGGCUUUGUUCUCAAACAGAGGGUGUGUGUGCCCAUCCAGCAGUGUGGCUGUGUAGGCAGCAAUGGCAACAGUCAUAAUUUUAAAGAGAACUGGUACACUGAGCACUGCCAUCAAAAGUGUGAGUGUGAUGAAGGCGACGGUGUGGGGGAGAUUGACUGCGACGAUGAAAAUGGGUGUGAUGAGGAUACUGUCUGUUUUCAGAAUGAAGCCGGACAGUAUUUCUGCAAGUCAACAGACUUCAGCGAGUGCUCUAUCAAUGGAGAGCCAGAGUACAGAACUUUUGACAACAUGAAGCAUGACUUUGACAGCAGAAACUCCUACAUUCUGGUCCAGACCACAGGCCUGUCCAAGAACCAGCAAGAUGUCUACAUCGAGGCCAUCAUUGAGAUCGUCAACCAGGAUGGUGUUGACAGUCAUGGGGACAGUAGACAUGGUGGCGGUCGUCAUGGUAACAGCAAGGAUGAGGAUGACAAGCAUAAAGACAGCAAGGAAAGGGACAGCAAUGAAGACGGCCAUGAUCACAGCAAAGAGAACGACAACCGUCUGCGAUUCAGAGGACUGAAGAUCAGAGUCUAUAACCACACAGUGGAGUUCAGAAACAACAGGAAACUUGUUCUGGACGGUAGGAGCACCCGUGCCCCUGUCUCACCAGCAGGUGGUCUGAGGAUUCUGGAGCGUUCCUCUCGUAUCUACCUGAAGACAGACUUUGGCCUCUCCGUGGAGUUUGAUGGAGACAGCAGAGCAGAGAUCAUCCUGCCCCACACCUACAAGAGGAGGGUGGGCGGCCUGUGUGGCAACUUUGACGGCAACAAGAAGAACGAUAUGAUGAAGCCCGACAGUAACCAGGCCAAGAGCAUCAAGGAGUUCAGAGAGAGCUAGAGAGGACAGACUGAGCAUAACAUGGAAAGGAUCAUCUUCCCUUCGUAACGUUGUCUAAGGCCAGUGACCUGACCUCCAUGCAUCAAGACCAUUGAUUGCGUAAUAUUCUUCUCAUAGGCGGACACUUUCCUUCCUACAAUGGACACAGCUUAUUUGAAAGUACUUGGGUUAAACAAAAAAAAACUUGGGUUUUUGUGGACUGUAUGGAGAGGAGAUCAAUGAAGUAUUCUACUUCUUCUAUAUUACUGUUGGUUUAAAUCCUGUUGUUACUGCGGCUUAUGACCCACCUGUGUGCCUUCUGAGAUCUCUUUCAGUCUUACUAUAGGUUCUUUGCACAGUUCACCUAGUGUAUGAAUCAAUGUACACAAGUUACAUAUUUGUGUAUUACUGCUAAUGUGUACUAUAUAUUCAAAAGCCCACAUUCCUUUAGCUUUAGGCUGAUGUCCAAUAGUUCAGUGACUGUAAUGUGCCAUAUUACUGUAUGAUAAUAGAAAACGAGGUAAACAAAGGAUGCAAGUGUUUUAGCUGAUGUUUUAUCCCACUGAAUGUAUGUUUUAUUUCUUGAAUUAUGUAUCUAGGAUUGAUAGGAAUUUUAUGAGAUCUUAUAAAUAACAAAUAAUGAUUCACACUGCACCGAUUCUGUAUGUGUUGAAAGCAGUAGGAAAGUCCAGUUUAAAGAAGGGAUAACAAAGAAGCAAUGGUUGUAACUCACGUGGCUUGAAAAACUCGAAAAACUCUGGCCCCUGGUUAUGGUGUAUUAUUUAUUUCCUUAUUAAACAGUCUGGUCAUGUGUGUCUCCAUUGGUCUAGUCAGAGGAAAUACACACCAUUCCUUAUAUGUCAAACAUUAACCAAUAAUGAAAAGAAUGUUCUUGUUACUAAACGAUUAGACGCCACUGUGACUUGUAGGUAAUUAGAUACGACUGUGGUGUCAAGUCUGAGGUAAUAGGAUAUUUCCAAACUUGAAGGAAAAUAUGUGUUUGUGCACCUAGCAAACCAUGGGAUUACUCACUCUGUGUUUGUCUGCAUACGUGUGUGGCCGUGUGUAUGAUUGCCAGUGUAUUCAUUCAUACCCACAUAAAUGAAUGUUCACCACAUUUGGCUGUAAGACAGUAGGAUGGAUGGGUCUACAGUACAAAUCGUGCUUCUGAUGCUGUUUCUGCUUCCCUGUACACAGGGGACCUUGUCAACAGGUAGGGAACAAAGAGAAAGGACAGUUAUUGACAUACAAUCUAUUUGAUGUUGUUUUUAUUUAGAAUAUUGGGUUAUGUUCGACAUCAUUUUGAAAUGUUUAUUGUUGGGUUGAUGGAUCCUCCUAAAGAUCUGAUGGGUGUGGGCAGAAAGUAUGAUUUAAUUUGAUAGCCAAUGUUGAAAUUCUAAAAAGAUUGAUAUGAACCUUACAAUGUUUCAAAGUCCAAGAUAUACGAUAAUCACAAAUCAAAAGUGUAGUCCAUUAUUGCAUGACGUAAGAUGAUAUCGUUUUGUGUUAUAACAAUAAUAUAUCACUUUUCUCUUACUGA